AGCCAAUAAGUUACAAACGCUAAGUGCUUGAAACGACUGGUUCAAGAUAACCUUCUUGGUUUCGUCAACCAGCAGUCAUCUACUUGACUUCGUUGUCAAAUAAAUUCUCUAUGGAACACAAUACUUCGUCUAGAAUAAUAACGAUUGUUUCUUCUUUAGUAAAAUAACAAAAAUAUUAGGAUUUCUAACCUGUGAUUCAAUUGGACGAUACCGUAACACGUAAGGCGGAACUUUUCAACCGGCGACCAAUAACAGACAAGAAUGUACGGUAUGAAGAACGAAGGAGGAGACUAUUGGCUUUGCUGAAUUGAUCGGAAAGUUUUAAGUAUUUUCUGAUAUUCAUCAUGUGGUUUCUAUAAGUAUGUUUCAAAAUAUCGCCACUAUGCACGUACCAACUGCGGCCUAUCAAGAUCCUGGGCCUUAUUUGCAUCCGACAGCCAUGUACGUGCCAAGUAAUCGCCAACUUAUGUCCGUACAUCACUACGUCAAUACGCCCGUAAGUAAUCAACUCUCUCAAAGUACCACUUCUAAUUACCCUGGCAUGUGGACCACAGGAACCAAUGGUUUACCUCAGCGUCCAACAUCGGAUCAGUACGGUUCUGGAGGAGGUCACCCAGCUACCCACUUUGGUUUCCAGGCUCCUAAUCCAUCAGCCACCGUUAAUACGUCAUGCAGAGAUAACUCCGCCUACAUAUCGAGAACCAAUGGAUUAUCGUAUGCUAAUUACGUCGGCAGCGACGUCAAUCCAUGGACAUUGGAUGGAAGCAUGGCAUCCAUCCAGGGAAUGCAAGGCAACUCACUCAGUAGAGAAUCUCCCGACUAUAAUUCGUUCGCCGACGGACGUGAAUGUGUUAAUUGCGGUGCGAUAUCGACACCACUGUGGAGGAGAGAUGGCACAGGGCAUUAUCUAUGCAAUGCGUGUGGUUUAUAUCACCGAAUGAACGGCAUGAAUAGACCUCUUGCUAAACCUCAGAGGAGGCUCGUAUCCUCUAAGAGAAUGGGCAUUCGGUGUCAUAAUUGUGGAACCACCACGACUACUCUAUGGAGAAGAGAUAACGAAGGUGAACCAGUAUGUAACGCUUGUGGUCUAUACUACAAGUUGCAUAACGUUAAUAGACCUCUAGCCAUGAGAAAAGAAGGUAUUCAAACCAGAAAACGUAAACCUAAAAGUGGGAAUAUUAAAGGUACAGCUACUCAACAGGAUAAUAAAGAAAGCGAUAAUACACCAACCACUAUAGCCGAGACAAAAUCAGAUAACACAUAUAAAUCGAGCAAACUGUUGAUUUCUCAACCGUCGUAUCAAACAGAAAAUAUGGAAAAUGAUAUCAAACCGUCCUGCUGUUCUGGGAACGUCUCGGCUUGGUCUACAUGCCAAAGAUUAGCCAAUAUAAGCCUAACAACUUCUGGAAGAAUAUCGGAUAUUGUAUGACGUCAUUUACGGGUACAUAAUAUUUAGUUUUUUUUUUUAAAUUGAAUUUUAACAAGAGAAACGGAGAAUAUUUGUGCAAUUAAUGUCCGUACCGACAUGCCUAGUGUUUGUGUUUGUGUAUUGUGUCGUGAAUUACGUCACGACUGUGAUAUCGACGUGUUUCAAUUUACUUGUGCUGCCAUCUCGUGUCAUAAUAUUUAAUAAAGAAUUUUUUUACAUUUUUUUAAAAAACGUUUCGCCAUAUAAAAGAUACUCUUUUAGGCAAUAUUUAUUAAGCUAUUACGUACAAUUGUAAUUUUUAAAAAUUUUUUAAAAACAUUUCUUCCAAAAAGUUUUUUAAUACAUAAAAAGAAAACUCAGGAAUUAAUUAAUUAAAUAAUUAAAAUUUUAAUCAUAUUAUUGAAAUUAAUAAAGUAUUGUUUGAUGUGGAAAUUUGGGAGUUUAUUUAAGAUUUAAAACGACUAUCAUUUUCUUUUUGUAUUAUAUCAUAAAGAUUAAUGUUAAUUGUCUCUCUGUUGUACAUAUAUCAUAUCUUUAACUAUUUUUAUUAUGUUGUAGACGUAGAAUGCUUUGUA